AUGGAGCAGCUUGCAGGGCUCGUGAGCUCCAACGCUCUACCGUCACAGCUCUUCGAAGCCUUGUCGCAAUACGAACAGGAAGCAUGCCUAAUUUCCGCAGGUAGCGGCAGCCCUGAAACUAGCGGAAAUGAUCCUACGCUAUUAAGCGCGUUCUAUUCCAGCUUCUUUCUCGUCCAUCUCCUCACCGAUCAAGUACCCGAAGCUCGUGCCUUGACAAAAAGAAUCCCUGCAGCUCUUCUACACCAAGACUCUUCUCUGCAAAACUGCUUGACCUUACUACGAGCGGUAUGGCAGACACAAGUUGGUCAGGUCUAUCAAAUCCUCCGGCAAUGCCCAUGGCCAGAGGCGUUACAGCCACUAGUACGGAGAUAUGAGAGCUUCUACCAAAAUAAAACCUUGAUUUCUGUGAGCACAUCCUACGAAGCGAUAAGGCUAUCGACGGCAGCGAAAUAUCUCGGUCUCGUCGAGCAAGCUGCUGAGCAAGAAGACCCGAAUGUAAUAGCGAAUUUCACAAAGUGUGGGUGGACAUGGGACCCAGCGACAAAGUUGCUGCACCCCAAGGCUAUUGUUGUAUCGCCCACGGACCACCAGUCUUCGGACGGCAUUCGCGAGGCGAUGAAAAUGCUUGGGAAGAGUGGAAGUUGA